UUCCCCUUUCUUUUCUAAACUCUGACAGCCCCAACUGCCAACAGUAUCUUUUCAACAAUUUUCGUACUUCUACGUAACUCCUUAUUGAGACAUAAAGCAGCUUCGCCAUGUCCGCCGAUCAGCAAAUCGCCGUCUAUCUGCGAGGCAAGGUCCUCGCUCAAGCUAUGACAUCGGAUUGCGAACAUGUCGAAGGAAACUGGUACUUCCCUGACCAUGCGCUUGUUGGGCGGGAACGUUUUUCGCAGAGCGACACUCACACUCACUGCCCGUGGAAAGGUGAAGCAAGCUAUUACAACUACCAAGGGGACGAGGGCCUCAUCAAAGACAUAGCCUGGUACUAUCCGCAGCCGAAAAAAGGUGCUGAGAAAGUUGAAGGCCGUGUGGCCUUCCACGUAGGGAAAGUAGACGGACUCAAGCUCGGGGAGCCUUCCAUCUGAAAGAUAUGUAUGGAAGUUGAUGUGUACAUCGUGUUGUGAGCAUGCUGAAAUGACGAAGUUGUGUAUAAUAUAAUAAAGGGCUGCAUCACUAUGAAGAAUCACGAUGUCAAGUUGGAACCCGUAUGAUAUAUCUUAUGGCUCAUUGUCACCCUAAGAUUCACCAUUUGGGAAAAUGCAAG